AUGCAGGAUACGAUGCUGCUGGGCUUGGAGGGAAUCAAGAAAACCAUCCUGCAUGGAGGCACCGGAGACAUCCCAAAACUCAUCACUGGGGCAAAGGUGACGUUUCACUUCCGCACCCUGUUGUGUGAUGAUGAACGUACAGUGAUAGAUGACAGCAAAGUGGCGGGGACGCCCAUGGAGAUAGUGAUCGGCAACAUGUUCAAGCUGGACAUCUGGGAGACCCUGUUGUCCUCCUUGAGGAUCGGUGAGGUGGCUGAAUUCUGGUGUGACACCAUUCACACUGGCGUUUAUCCACUUGUGUCCAAGAGUAUGAGGCGCAUUGCAGAGGGCAAAGACCCAGUUGACUGGCACAUCCAUACAUGUGGUAUGGCCAACAUGUUCGCCUACCACAGCCUUGGCUACGACGACCUGGAUGAGCUGAUGAAAGAACCGAAACCCCUCUACUUUGUCCUGGAGCUGCUCAGGGUGCAGCAGCCCAGUGAGUACAACAGGGACACGUGGGCUUUGAGUGAUGAGGAGAGGCUGAAAGUGGUCCCUGUGCUGCACGGCCACGGGAACAAGCUCUACAAACAAGGUCACUACCAACAGGCCAUAGAAAAGUACAAGGAGGCCAUCAUCUGCAUCAAGAAUGUUCAGACAAAGGAGAAAGCAUGGGAGGCCCAAUGGCUGAAGCUGGAGAAGAUGGCCAACACCUUAACGCUCAACUACUGCCAGUGUCUACUGCGCAUGGAAGAAUACUAUGAAGCCAUCGAGCACACUACCGACAUCAUCAACCAGAACCCAGGUGAAAUGAAAGCCUUCUACCUGCGAGGGAAGGCCCAUGUGGAAGUGUGGAACGAGGCGGAGGCUCGGCAGGACUUCAGCAGGGUGCUGGACCUGGACCCCGGCAUGAAGAAGGCCGUCAAGAGAGAGCUGGCUGUGCUUAAUAUGCGCAUGGAGGAAAAGAACCAGGAGGACAAGAUCAAGUACAAAGGCAUGUUUUGACCAGGAGAGACUGCAGCAGAGGUUGGAGCAUCAGAGGAGUGAUGGGCUAAAGAGUAAAGUUAUUAAAUCACAAAUCCCCAUGCUUAAUUUGACCUUUAACCACU